CUAUAUAGGGAAUAGGGCUCUGGUCUAAAGUAGUGCACUAUAUAGGGAAUAGGGUGUCAUUGGGGGUUGUCUUAAUCUCUGUUGUCUUUCUACAGUACAUCUUGUCUGGAUCAGAUGACUUCAACCUUUACAUGUGGAGAAUCCCCAAGGAUCCUGAAGCAGGAGGCCCGGGUCGUGUGGUUAACGGAGCGUCCAUGGUCCUGAAAGGUCACCGUUCCAUCGUGAACCAAGUCCGGUUUAACCCCAGCACUUAUAUGAUCUGCUCCUCCGGGGUCGAGAAGGUCAUCAAGGCGUGGAGCCCCUACCAGCAGACGGAGAGUCUGGGAGACCUGGAUAGUCUUGUGGAGGAUAAGUCCAGGAGUCUGUACAGCCACGAGGAGUACAUCAACUUGGUCCUGAACAGCGGGAGUGGCCUGAGCCACGACUACGUCUCACAGUCCAUCCAGGAGGAUCCUCGUAUGAUGGCCUUCUUUGACUCUCUGGUUCGUCGGGAGAUCGAGGGCUGGAGUUCGGACUCAGACAGUGACCUGAGUGAGGGGGCCAUCCUGCAGCUCCACGCCAGGGGACGACGCUCUACGCGGGCUGUAGGAGACGGCGCCGGGGUCCUGGUUGGGAGUGGAGUCGCCGUGCCUGUACCGCCCUCUGCUGCUGCUACCGCCGACUCAGACCACUCCUCAUCGUCCUCAUUAGCUGCCCCCGAGGCCUCGGGGGCGGAGCAUCCUGAAGGGGUGGAGCCACUGCAGCCGAGGAGGCGUGGCAGCAGAUAUCAGCAGUCUGUGUUCUUAUUGGACCUGGUGGGAGAGGACUCUGACUCCAGUGGAUUCUGGCCAGACCCCAUGCCCCGGCCUCGCUCUCCCAGCCCCCGAGACAACUCCACCCUCUCCAGCCCCACCUCCUCCCCCGCCGGCGCCUCCUCUAGCUCCUCCUCUUCCACCUCCUCCACCAGCUCUGAGGACGAGGAGCAGAGGAGAGCCAGUAGGAGACAACGUACUGCAGCCCGGUGGCGCCGCAUGCAUUUCCCCCGCCUGUCCAGUGGGGGGCGCCCCGAGUCUGCCCAGGCCUUGUACCCCGGGGGGGUCGACUCCUGCUCCUACCCCAAGAUCUCAAUCGACGAGGCCUCAUCCUCCUCCGCGUCCUCCACGGAGCUCCAGCAGGACCAGGACUCGGUUCAGAUCGGACCCCACAGAAGUGGCUCUAAAACGGGGAGACGCACGACACACACCCUCCCUGGUUCUAGCCCUGCGGUGUCUCUGGACAGCCAAGACGACCGAGCGGAGCAGGAGGGGCUCCUCAUCGCCUCCCUUCUGUCUCAAGACGCCCUGCAGCAGAGGAACGAGUCCCGGGCAGGAAGGGUUGGGGAGAGGAGGGCUGCUUUAGAGAGGAUGGCCGAGGGCUUAGAUAGUCCUGAAGAGGCCGACGAGUCCGAUCAUAGUCGCUGGAUCUCCCCUAGUUCCAGACACCACAGCCCUGGGCUGAACGGGCUGCAGCACCUUGACAUGACUGAGGUGCCGGUAGGCUGUAGGGGUCGCCUGGCUCCAGACCUAUUUGAAUCCUCAGACUCCGAGGGAGAGAGAGAGACCUUAGAGUUGAAAUCAGCAGGCACUAGGACCCUGGUGGAGGAGGAGGAGGAGGGGGGGUCGUCGUCGUCUCAGAGAGGCUCAUCCCAGGGUGCGCUGAAACGGACUCACCUUGGGUCAAGAGGUCAAGGGUCAGGGGAGGGGUCAGGGGGGUCGGAGACCUCAGAGAAGAAGUUCAAGACAUGAUGAUUGCACCUGAGGUGUCAGGUGAUCAUUUGGUUUAGGACCGGUUACGUCUCAAAUGACACCCUGUUUCCUACGGUGUCCUACUUUAGGGCUACAGUAACCCAUAGACAGUAACCCAUAGACAGUAACCCGUAGACUACAGUAACCCGUAGACAGUAACCCAUAGACUACAGUAACCCGUAGACAGUAACGCAUAGACUACAGUAACCCGUAGACAGUAACCCAUAAACUUUAGGGCUACAGUAACCCAUAGACAGUAACCCAUAGACUUUAGGGCUACAGUAACCCAUAGACAGUAACUCAUAGACAGUAACCCGUGGACUUUAGGGCUACAGUAACCCGUAGGCUACAGUAACCCGUAGGCUACAGUAACCCAUAGGCUACAGUAACCCGUAGACUUUAGGGCUACAGUAACCCGUAGACUACAGUAACCCGUAGACAGUAACCCAUAGACUUAGGGCUACAGUAACCCGUAGACAGUAACCCGUAGACUACAGCAACCCGUAGACAGUAACCCAUAGACAGUAACUCAUAGACAGUAACCUGUAGACUUUAGGGCUACAGUAACCCAUAGACUACAGUAACCCAUAGACUACAGUAACCCAUAGACUACAGUAACCCAUAGACUACAGUAACCCAUAGACGACAGUAACCCAUAGACGACAGUAACCUAUGGACUUUAGGGCUACAGUAACCCAUGGACUUUAGGGCUACAGUAACCCAUGGACUUAGGGCUACAGUAACCCAUAGACAGUAACCCGUAGACUUAGGGCUACAGUAACCCGUAGACUUAGGGCUACAGUAACCCGUAGACGACAGUAACCCGUAGACUUUAGGGCUACAGUAACCCAUAGACAGUAACCCGUAGACUUUAGGGCUACAGUAACCCAUAGACAGUAACCCGUAGACUUAGGGCUACAGUAACCCGUAGACAGUAACCCGUAGACUUAGGGCUACAGUAACCCGUAGACAGUAACCCGUAGACUUAGGGCUACAGUAACCCGUAGACAGUAACCCAUAGACUUAGGGCUACAGUAACCCGUAGACAGUAACCCAUAGACUACAGCAACCCGUAGACAGUAACCCAUAGACAGUAACUCAUAGACAGUAACCUGUAGACUUUAGGGCUACAGUAACCCAUAGACGACAGUAACCCAUAGACGACAGUAACCCAUAGACGACAGUAACCCAUAGACGACAGUAACCCAUAGACGACAGUAACCCAUAGACGACAGUAACCCAUAGACGACAGUAACCCAUAGACGACAGUAACCCAUAGACGACAGUAACCCAUAGACGACAGUAACCCAUAGACGACAGUAACCCAUAGACGACAGUAACCCAUAGACGACAGUAACCCAUAGACGACAGUAACCCAUAGACGACAGUAACCCAUAGACGACAGUAACCCAUAGAUUUUAGGGCUACAGUAACCCAUAGACGACAGUAACCCAUAGACGACAGUAACCCAUAGACGACAGUAACCCAUAGACUAGGGCUACAGUAACCCGUAGACUAGGGCUACAGUAACCCGUAGACUUAGGGCUACAGUAACCCGUAGACUUAGGGCUACAGUAACCCGUAGACUUAGGGCUACAGUAACCCGUAGACUUAGGGCUACAGUAACCCGUAGACUUAGGGCUACAGUAACCCGUAGACUUAGGGCUACAGUAACCCGUAGACUUAGGGCUACAGUAACCCGUAGACUUAGGGCUACAGUAACCCGUAGACUUAGGGCUACAGUAACCCGUAGACUUAGGGCUACAGUAACCCGUAGACUUAGGGCUACAGUAACCCGUAGACUUAGGGCUACAGUAACCCGUAGACUUAGGGCUACAGUAACCCGUAGACUUAGGGCUACAGUAACCCGUAGACUUAGGGCUACAGUAACCCGUAGACUUAGGGCUACAGUAACCCGUAGACUUAGGGCUACAGUAACCCGUAGACUUAGGGCUACAGUAACCCGUAGACUUAGGGCUACAGUAACCCGUAGACUUAGGGCUACAGUAACCCGUAGACUUAGGGCUACAGUAACCCGUAGACUUAGGGCUACAGUAACCCGUAGACUUAGGGCUACAGUAACCCGUAGACUUUAGGGAUUGGGUGUCAUUUCAGAAGCCUGAGACUCAAUUUAGGGUGGCUUUUCUAUGGGUUUUUACAAUCCAGUUUCUUGGUUUGGCGUUACUCUAAAAAGGGUGUCGCAAUUUUGAGAGAUUGGGCGAGGUGGUUUGCGUGGACCGGGUGGGCGGAGUUAGCACAUUUUUAGACCAUUCCAUUGGUCCUUAAGUGAAAUCACCGCCCAUUGGGGGACACGUGUUCUUCUGUGAGCAAAUCACAGUGAGGUCAUCACUUCUGUGGUCAAACCACAAAGAUGCCAUAAUUUACUAACAUAUAAGUAAUCAUAUUGACAGUAAUGCUAUUGUUAAUUAUUUUGCUAGUAAUUUAGUCUUAAGGCAGAAAUGUUUUUUUUUUUAUGUUCAUGUUUUGAAACAAAUACAGAGUUUUAAUUUUAAGAGAAUAUUCUUGGAGGGGGCCGAAAUUCAGGACUAAAGCUUUUCGACUACGGAUUUGAUUUCAAUUGGAGUUAAAAACGAGACUAGAUUCAUUUAGAUUUUCCAGUGCUUAGCUUGGUCAAGUUUAUGCGUUUCCAUGGCAAUCGGGGGUGGAGCCAGCCCAACCAGCUGUUUGAGUUGUGCAUUAAAGAAGGUAUGAUUUCAGUGUUAAAAGGAAUCGAUUGCUCUCGUCUCCUCUCCUUCCUGACCCAAACCCUCUGUUACCAAGCAGCAGCAAGUGUCUUUUUGUUGUUGUUGCUGCUUUCUUCAAUUAAAGAAUCAUUCAUUUAUCAAUGA